AUGGAUUCAACCAACAAGACUUCGGUUGAGGAAUUUGUUUUACUAGGAUUUGGAAUUGGACAGCAUAACCGUUUGUUGCUCCUCAUUUUUUUCACUUUUCUCUAUGUCCUCACUUUGGCUGAGAACAUCACCAUUAUUACCUUGGUAUUUUUAGACACCCAUCUGGGCCGACUUCCGAUGUACAUCCUGCUGGGUAACUUCUCCUGGUUGGAAAUGUGCUACGUGUCCUCCAUAGUUCCUCGCAUGAUCUUUGAUUUAGCAGUUCCUGGCGGCAUCAUUUCUUUCAAAGAGUGUUUAAUCCAGUUCUACAUCUUCUUCAUCCUUGGAGGCACUGAAUGCUUUUUCCUUUCAAUUAUGGCCUUAGAUCGGUACGUGGCCAUCUGCCACCCGUUGCACUACCCACAAAUUAUGUCUCAAAAUGUCUGCUACAUUCUGGUGGGUGUUUGCUGGAUCCUUGGCUUUCUGUGGUAUCUUGUUCCAGCGGCGUUGAUCUCUAAGUUGUCCUUUUGUGGCUCCAAUAUCAUUGAUCACUUUUUGUGUGAUGCUGUCCCAAUCCUAUCCUUGGCUUGCCCUCCACUUGGAAUAGUUCCCGCUAUGAGUCAGGUUUGCCUCAGUGGUUUGCUCCUAAGUAAUAUGGCAUUUGUUAUUCUGUCCUACGGCACUGUGAUUUUCACUCUAAUGAAGACGCCCAACAAAGGCAGUCGUAAGAAGGGCUUUUCCACCAUCUCUUUCCAUCUAAUUGUGGUCUCGCUUUUCUAUGGUUCAGUGACAGCCAUGUAUUUGUUACCAGGUGGAGAAAGUCAGUUUGGUUUCACUAAGGCAAUGACUCUCUUCUAUACCACGUUUACACCUUUUCUCAACCCUUUGAUCUAUUGUCUGAGGAACAAUCAAGUGAAAGAAGCACUGAAUACAUUACUAAAGAGAAAGAUGAGAGUCAUAUGGAACAAGGAAUAGUCAAAAAUUGUAGAAGAAAACUAUGAACAAAAAUUAAACACAACCACCAAUGUGUACAGUCUAAACCAAAGGCAUGCUUCUUUAAUAAAACAGUAUUUAUGUCACACUGAAAAAAAAAAUUCUAAUGUCCAAGUAGGUCUUUAGUUACUACAUGAAUUUCAUAAUGCCCAUCCAUCCGACCACUAAGGUCAGUUCUGGUCCCAUAUUCUUCAGUUAUUGUAAGAAACAGUUGUUAAACAGUUGUUAAACAAAGAAUUGGAGAGAAAACUUAUCAGAUUGCCAGUUGAGCCCAAACUGGAUGAAUCAGUUCAUAUCCUAGAAAACAUAUAAAAUCCAAAAUCUUGAUAAGGCAAGAGAAAUAGGCUGAAAGUAAGAGAAUGAAAUCUAACAGAGGAAAGUUCACUUAGGGAACAUAUAAAUGAACAGUUAUAGGAUAGAGAAUUUAGUAAUUGCUAGUGACCUUGGAAUAUUAAAUGGAGACUGAAUAUGAGUGUGCAUUUUGUGUG